AUGCCCACUUACCUCGUAAACCCAUCGGGCCAUCUCCAACGUUGCUCUCCAAACUCUCCGACCAAAACCAUCGUAUCCAGCAACCAUAAUCAUUUCCAACACAACAAUCCCAACACCUCACGCAUUCACUAUCUAUACAUACAUACAGAGCCCUAUACAUAUAAUACUCCCACUCAUGUGUUUUGUAUGCCCUGAAUGCUGUGACCCUCUAAGCUGCAUUCAUCUCCAUCAAAACAUGAGAAUUUUUCCAUAUUCUCGUUGCAACUUAAGACCUUCAUUUCACAAGUUUUUUCAACCUACAUGUACCCAGCAACAGCAGUGGCGGACCCAGGAAUUAUUGCAGUGGUGGGCCCAGAAAUUAUUUUCUUCGACCACUGAAGACGACAACCGUCGAAGCAAACCAAAACUUUUAGUCAUCCUUGGAGCCACAGGCGCCGGAAAAUCGCGUCUCUCAAUCGAUUUAUCCACCCGGGUUUUCGGAAACUCGGAGAUUAUCAACUCCGAUAAAAUGCAAUUAUACAAUGGGCUCGAUAUCACUACCAACAAAAUGACAAUGCAAGAGCGGGUCGGAGUGCCCCAUCACCUUCUCGGAGUACUUGACCCGACAAAACCCGCGUGUACUCCUUCGGUUUAUCGAAAACUCGGGUCGGAUAUAAUUUCCGAUAUUAAAACCCGUGGCGGGUUGCCUAUAGUCGUUGGUGGGUCGAAUUCUUUAAUCUAUUCGCUUGUUACAAAACGGUUUGACCCGGAAACUGAUGUUUUUAACGGGUCGGAUCCGGAUCCGGUUAGCUUGGAGCUUCGGUAUGAUUGUUGUUUUAUUUGGGUGGAUGUGAGUUUACCGGUUUUGAACCGGUAUUUAGCGAACCGGGUUGACGAGAUGUUGGAUUCGGGUAUGUUUGAGGAGUUAGUAGAGUUUUUCCGGUCCGGGGAGGAUAAGAGGGUGAACCGGGCCGGGCUGGGUCAGGCGAUUGGGAUACCGGAGUUUGAGGGGUAUUUUAGGGAUUUUAACAGCGUUCGGCGACCAAGCGGUGGGGAUCCCGAGACGGAAGUGGAAGUGUACAAUGAGGCUGUGAAAAGGAUCAAGGACAAUACGUGUCAUCUUGCAAAGAAACAAGUGGGGAAGAUCCUACGGUUGAGGGACGCCGGGUGGGAGUUGAAGAGAAUAGAUGCGACCGAGGCGUUUAGGGCGGUGAUGGCAGCGGAUUCGGGUGGUGGGAGGGUGGCAGAAGUAUGGGAAAAAGAGGUGUUGGAACCAAGCGUGAAGAUUGUGAAACGGUUUUUGGACGAGUAGGUUCCUUUUCUAUAUUCUAAUAUUUUUUUAAAUUUCGGGGCAAACCUUUGGAGCAACGGUUUGAGUCGUGGAUACAACCCAUGAUAAGGAUGGGUACAUCAGGCUCAAGUUGACGCAACACUCUCGCAAUACCGCGCAUGCAAAAGCCUCGUGUACUAUACUUGGUUUGAACUUUUUUUUUUUUAAAUUUCCAUUUACUUUUC